AUGGAAGAGGAAUUACAGCGUCCAGUAAGGUUGAUGAAUUUCGUAUCCGAGGAACAGUUGGAUCAAACAAAGAAAGCAAGGGGUGAGCGAGUUGAAGAUGGUACUGCCCAGAGAGACAGGCCCCUCUUCGAGAUUUUAAGGGAGAAUAAGGACAAGAAGGAUGCAGAAUUUAAUGAACGAUUGAAGCAUAGACCACCGAAAGCGUUGGAUGAAGAUGAGACUGAGUUUCUUGAUAAUUUAGAAACGGACUCUGAGAAAGUGUCUGUUACAGUUUUUGUUAAUGCCUUUUCUUUUCUUUUUCUCUUUUUAAUAUGCUUAUUGUGCAAGCAGUCAAAGAAGGAACACGAGCGGCAGAUGGCAGAUGAGGAAGCCCAACAGCUUCGGACUUUCCAAGCAGCAGUUGCAGCUCGGUCCUUCAGUGUAAAUGAAUUGAAGGAAAUACCACCUGUUCCUCCAGUCCCGGAACAAAAAUCAGUCGGGAGGAAGAAUCCACCUGCCCGGCCAUUAAGUAUGAUUAUCAAAGUCAAACCACAGGCGAAGAAAGCAAAGAUGGACCAGGGAAAUGUCGAAGAACAUUUAGAGAUAGGGAAAACACCUGAUGUUUACAUAGAAAAAUCUUCAGACACAGUGAAAGUACCUAGCAACGAUGUUGCUAAAACUGGCCUUGUUUCAUACAGUGAUGAAAGUGAAGAUGAUGAUUAG